CCCGCGGUCCCGGAGGUUUCGCUGCACAACAAGAUGGCGGCGGCGGCGGCAGCUGCGAGCGGAGCUGGCGGGGCUGCCGGGACCGGAGCGGGAGGAGCGGGGCCGGCGGGCCGCCUGCUGCCUCCUCCUGCCCCGGGACCCCCGGCUGCCCCCGCUACUGUGGCCCCGGCGGCUAGCUCGCCGCGUCCCCCAGCCCCGGCCUCCCGUGGGCCGGUGCCUGCCCGCAUCGGCUACUACGAGAUCGACCGCACCAUCGGCAAGGGUAACUUCGCUGUGGUCAAGCGGGCCACGCACCUCGUCACCAAGGCCAAGGUUGCUAUCAAGAUCAUAGACAAGACCCAGCUAGAUGAAGAAAACUUGAAGAAGAUUUUCCGAGAAGUUCAAAUUAUGAAGAUGCUUUGCCACCCCCAUAUCAUCAGGCUUUACCAGGUUAUGGAGACAGAACGGAUGAUUUAUCUGGUGACAGAAUAUGCUAGUGGAGGGGAAAUAUUUGACCACCUGGUGGCUCAUGGUAGAAUGGCAGAAAAGGAGGCCCGUCGGAAGUUCAAACAGAUUGUCGCAGCUGUCUUUUUUUGUCACUGUCGGAACAUUGUUCAUCGUGACCUGAAAGCUGAAAAUUUGCUUCUGGAUGCCAAUCUGAAUAUCAAAAUAGCAGAUUUUGGCUUCAGCAACCAUUUCACCCCUGGGCAGCUGCUGAAGACGUGGUGUGGCAGUCCUCCGUAUGCUGCCCCUGAGCUCUUUGAAGGAAAGGAGUAUGAUGGGCCCAAAGUGGAUAUCUGGAGCCUUGGAGUCGUCCUCUAUGUGCUUGUGUGUGGUGCCCUGCCAUUUGAUGGGAGCACACUACAGAAUCUGCGGGCACGGGUGUUGAGUGGAAAGUUCCGCAUCCCAUUUUUUAUGUCCACAGAAUGUGAGCACUUGAUCCGUCACAUGCUGGUGUUGGACCCGAGUAAGCGCCUCUCCAUGGAGCAGAUCUGCAAGCACAAGUGGAUGAAGCUGGGGGACACUGAUCCCAACUUUGACAGGCUAAUAGCUGAAUGCCAACAGCUGAAGGAAGAAAGACAAACAGAUUCUUUGAAUGAGGAUGUCCUCUUGGCCAUGGAAGACAUGGGACUGGACAAAGAGCGGACACUACAGUCAUUAAGAUCAGAUGCCUACGAUCACUAUAGUGCAAUCUACAGUCUACUAUGUGAUCGACAUAAGAGACAUAAAACCCUGCGUGUCGGAGCACCUCCUAGCAUGCCUCGAGCCAUGGCGUUUCAAGCACCAGUCAAUAUCCAGGCAGAGCAAGCUGGUACCACCAUGAACAUCAGUGUUCCACAGGUGCAGCUAAUCAACCCAGAGAAUCAAAUUGUGGAGCCGGAUGGGACAGUGAACUUGGACAGUGAUGAAGGUGAAGAGCCUUCCCCUGAAGCAUUGGUUCGCUAUUUGUCAAUGAGGAGGCACACAGUGGGUGUGGCUGACCCACGCACGGAAGUUAUGGAUGAUCUGCAGAAGCUCCUCCCUGGCUUUCCUGGAGUCAGCCCGCAGGCUCCCUUCCUACAGGUGGCCCCUAACGUGAACUUCUUGCACAACCUGUUGCCCAUGCAAAAUUUGCAACCAACUGGGCAGCUUGAGUACAAGGAGCAGUCCCUAUUACAGCCGCCCCCACUACAGCUGCUAAAUGGAAUGGGCCCCCUUGGACGGAGGGCAUCAGACGGAGGAGCCAACAUCCAGCUCCAUGCCCAGCAGCUGCUGAAGCGCCCCCGGGGACCCUCCCCACUCGUCACCAUGACACCAGCAGUGCCAGCAGUUACCCCUGUGGACGAGGAGAGCUCAGAUGGGGAGCCUGAUCAGGAAGCUGUGCAGAGGUACUUGGCAAAUAGGUCCAAAAGACAUACACUGGCCAUGACCAACCCUACAGCUGAGAUCCCACCGGACCUACAACGGCAGCUAGGACAGCAGCCUUUCCGUUCCCGGGUCUGGCCCCCUCACCUGGUACCUGAUCAGCAUCGCUCUACAUACAAGGACUCCAACACCCUGCACCUCCCUACAGAGCGUUUCUCCCCUGUGCGCCGGUUCUCAGAUGGGGCUGCAAGCAUCCAAGCCUUCAAAGCUCACCUGGAAAAAAUGGGCAACAACAGCAGCAUCAAACAGUUGCAGCAGGAGUGUGAGCAGCUGCAGAAGAUGUACGGGGGGCAGAUUGAUGAAAGAACCCUGGAGAAGACCCAGCAACAGCAUAUGUUAUACCAGCAGGAGCAACACCAUCAAAUUCUCCAACAGAUUCAAGAUUCUAUCUGUCCUCCUCAGCCUUCUCCACCUCUUCAAGCUACGUGUGAAAAUCAGCCAGCCCUCCUCACCCACCAGCUCCAGAGGUUAAGGAUUCAGCCAUCAAGCCCACCCCCCAAUCACCCCAACAAUCAUCUCUUCAGACAACCCAGUAACAGUCCUCCCCCCAUGAACAGUGGCAUGAUCCAGUCUCAUGGUGCUGCAUCUCCCUCCCAGUUUCAAGGCUUACCCUCCCGCAGUACGAUCUUCCAGCAGCCACCUGAGAACUGUUCUCCUCCUCCCAAUGUGGCACUUACCUGCUUGGGCAUACAGCAGCCUGCCCAGUCCCAGCAGGUGACCAUCCAAGUACAGGAGCCUGUUGACAUGCUUAGCAACAUGCCAGGGACAACUUCGGGCUCUGCUGGGCGGGGCGUCUCCAUUAGCCCCAGUGCCAGUCAGAUUCAGAUGCAGCACCGUGCCAACCUGAUGGCUACUUUCAGCUACGGCCACCGGCCCUUGUCUAAGCAGCUGAGUGCUGACAGUGCAGAGGCCCACAGCUUGAACGUGAAUCGGUUCUCCCCUGCUAACUACGACCAGGCGCAUUUACACCCCUACCUGUUUUCGGACCAGUCCCGGGGUUCCCCCAGCAGCUACAGCCCUUCAACAGGAGUGGGGUUCCCUCCAACCCAAGCCCUGAAAGUCCCUCCACUUGACCAAUUCCCCACCUUCCCUCCCAGUGCACAUCAGCAGCCACCUCAUUAUACCACGUCAGCGCUGCAGCAGGCCCUGCUGUCCCCCACGCCGCCAGACUAUACAAGACACCAGCAGGUACCCCACAUUCUCCAAGGACUGCUCUCUCCCCGGCAUUCACUCACCGGCCACUCGGACAUUCGGCUGCCCCCAGCAGAGUUUGCACAGCUCAUUAAAAGGCAACAGCAACAGCGACAACAGCAGCAGCAGCAGCAAGAAUACCAAGAAUUGUUUAGGCAUAUGAACCAGGGGGAUGCUGGGAGUCUGGCUCCCAAUCUUGGGGGACAGAGUAUGACAGAGCACCAGUCUUUACCAUAUCAAAAUACUGACUCAUAUCACCACCACCACACCAGCCCCCAGCAUCUUCUACAAAUCAGAGCACAAGAAUGUAUCUCACAGGUUUCCUCACCCAGCCCGACCCAUGGUUAUGCUCACCAGCCAGUACUCAUGCCUUCAGAGAGCAUGGAAGAGGAGUGCUCAUGCGAGGGGGCCAAGGAUGGCUUUCCAGACAGGAAGAGUUCAAAUGCAUUGACCAAAGGUUGCCAAGACAGCCCCCUACUCCUGAGUACUGGCAGACCUGGGGACCCUGAAUCUUUACUAGGAACUGUGAGUCAUGCACAGGAAUUGGGGAUACAUCCAUACCGACAUCAGCCAACUGCAGCAUUCAAUAGAAAUAAGGUGUCCAGCCGAGAAUCUGUCAUAGGGAACUGCAUGGAUAGAAGUUCUCCGGGACAAGCAAUGGAGCUGCCAGAUCAUAAUGGACUUGGGUACUCAGCACGCCCCUCAGUCAGUGAGCACCACAGGCCUCGGACCCUCCAGAGACACCAUACAAUCCAGAAUAGCGAUGAUGCUUAUGUGCAGCUGGAUAACUUGCCAGGAAUGAGUCUCGUGGCUGGGAAAGCACUUAGUUCCGCCCGGAUGUCAGAUGCUGUCCUUAGUCAGUCCUCACUUAUGGGGAGCCAGCAGUUUCAGGAUGGGGAAAAUGAGGAAUGCAGGGAGAGUCUAGGAGAUCAUGAGCACAUAGACCUGACUGAUGGCAGCCAGCAUUUGAACUCCUCCUGCUACCCAUCAACAUGUAUAACAGACAUACUGCUCAGCUAUAAGCACCCCGAGGUCUCCUUCAGCAUGGAACAGGCAGGAGUGUAACAGGAACCAAGAGUUUGUGUACAGCUGGGGAAUAAAAUAAUGGAUUUUAAACCAACAGUAUCUAGCAGCAUUGCACCAAAUUGCCAUUGUGUUUCUCUCCACGCAGAACAUUGUGACUCCUUUCCUCACAUUUAGUUUAUCAGUGUGCUGUUCUUCGGGGUUCUGAGGGGGGUUUGCCAUGUUUGCUUGUUAUGACCAAGUCACCAAGGAAAUAAACAGAAAAUCCACGUUCGCCAUCUUUUGUGAAAGUGUAUUUGAUGUAUUUCAGUUGUUGAUUUGGUUUUGGUUUUUGGUAUGUUUUCUUUUGGAGGUGAUUUUUUUUUUUUAGCUUUACUUCUCUUUUUCUUUUUCUUUUUCUUUUUCUUUUUCUUUUUCUUUUUCUUUUUUUCUUUUUCUUUUUCUUUUUCUUUUUUUCUUAAGACAGAAGAGCAAAGCAGUUAGAGUACAGAGAACAGGGGACCCAGAGCCAGUGCUCUGCAUUGCACUUCCACAGGAGCAAAAACUAAAGGAUGACACCUUCUGGAAUCUUAGUGGUUGGGGAAAGGGAUAGAGGAAGUAGUGAUGGCCUUUGGCAUUUGGAGAGCAAAAAGAGAAACCCCCAGCCUAGAACCUGGGGAAAUCUUUACUGCUGGGAUCGACUGAAAAACAUGUCUGGUCCAGCCAAGAUCAUAUUAGAAUGUUAGCCUGGAGGCUGAGAGUGACCUGGUGUUGAUGGAGUGCUGGUUAAAAUGCCUCAAUGUGAGCUUUUUCUUUGGUGUAUAAUUCAGUUCCCCUCUUAUAACCUGGAAAGAUGGUUGCCCUUACCAUCCUACUGGUUCUACUCAUGGACUGCACCCUACAGUGGUAUUUAUGCCUUUGUAUCACCUUACACUCAUUUUAUAUUGUGCUAGAAAAAGAAUUAUUUCUCUAGAGUAUUCCAUAUGUAUAUAUAUACACACACACCCACACACACAGAGAUACACACGCUUUUCUCUUUUAGCCUGUUUGUCGCAGGCAAGAAGACUAGGAGGCUGUCUUGGGCCCUGCCUCUUUCCUAACCUCCUCCUCCCUGGGCAUCCUCAUUCCCUUUUUAAUUCUCGAUCAUGUAGGAAUUGUUUUGGUAAAUGUUGAUAUUAUUAUUGUUGUUACUAAUAAAUAAAAAGAAAAGGAAUUUUUGUUUAAUAGAGAAACGUUUAACCAGAUUCUGUUCUAUUUGAAUUGUGACUUGCACCUUUUGUUCAAAGUAUUUUAUUUAGACAAUGUAAUUGUGAACAGUUCUUUCUUGUGCCGGUGACAGGCAUCCCCAUUUGAAGCAGUGCAUAUGCAAUAGCUAUUGGUUGUGUCGUUGUCUUUCUUUCCCUUCACUGUUAGAAACCAAAGUCUUUUAUGCUGCCUGGGGACUGACAAAGGAUCUGGGUUGUCUCCUUUGAUCUUCAAAACAAGAAAGAAAUAUUAAUGAUUCUGACUCCUGAUCCUUUUUUUCUGAGGAAGUAAAUGGUCCCCAGUCCCCCUCUAGUCUUUCAUUCUGAAUUUGCACAGAAGAAAGUGGGUGCCCAGCAUGGUCGUCCUGAUGUUGCUGACAGGAUCCCCAUGCAGCUUGUUCUUCUAAUAUCAGCAGCUCCGCUCCUGGACCCAGGAGCCCUUGAUGGAUUUCUAUAGUGCAGAGCCUUUCUCAGGAUAUGGCCCAUGUUUUCAUGGUCCCCAGCCACCCCUUCACUUUGUGGGGCCACCAGCUACUCACCAGAAGGAGGCUACCAUGAAAGGCCGAACAGCUGCUGUUUAACUUCUGUUUACAUGGAACUGAACUGAUGGGAGAGCAGACUGCCACCCUCCAGUUGACCACCCAGUGGAGGCCAUUGAGCCCAUUAACCGUGCCAUCUUGGAACUAUACUCUUUAAAAAUCAUUGCUUUGUAUUAUAGUAACUAACGUGCGCAGUAUAUGUUGAAUGUAUAUUAAUACACUUUCCUAUAUCUGUUCUUUGAAAAUGUCAGAAGUUUUUUUUUUAUUUCUCAUUUAUGUUGAACUUAAAAAGGAUUUUAAAAAAUCUCCAGACCCAAGUUUCAGUAAGACCUUAAGCCCCUUUUUUCUGGGCACUUACAACUUAGUAACUUAGUUGGACAGUAGGGGAUUGUGAAAAUAAAGAAUUGAUUGUCA